AUGACCCGCGUUGGAAACCAGACUAACUCAACAGAUCCUGCGGCUGUCAACUCGCGGAUAUUCGUCGGCAACCUCAACACUCACGUCGUCUCGAAGGAGGACGUCGAACGUCUCUUCAAGAAAUACGGGAAAAUCAUCGGGAUCUCCAUGCACAAAGGAUACGCGUUCGUUCAAUACACCGAUACGUACGACGCGAGGAACGCGAUACUCGGCGAGGACGGCCGAACGGUAGCGGGACAAAUAUUGGCGAUCUCACACGUGAACAUGGUCUCGGAGCCGAAGCCUCAUCAGGUGAUUACUCGAAAGCGUCUCAACCUUGCACCUGACCCUUUCUCGGCGGUCGCGCAGACUCCGAUUAUCACGGCCGCGCUGCCAAGUCUGCUGCAAGGGGUCGGCCAGCAGAACGCUGCCGUCGCAGCGGUCACGCAGGCCGCCAUUCGGCAGAAUUUGGGCUCCCCCGUGAAACGGCAACGGACAGAUAGCGCCGGGAAUAAUUUCUCUGGAAGUCGAACGAAAAAACAAAAUGGUCUCAAGAGCCCGACCGGUAAACCGACGAGCUCGGUCUCAAUGCCAUCGAUGCCUGACGCCGAUAUCCUUAUCUGCGGGAACUGUCGAGAAGUUUUUCCCUCGCUGCAGAAACUCGUCGAGCACAAACGUCAGCGGUGUCGCCUCCGUUUUACGUGCAGAUGCCAACCAAGCUCCAUAACGGGCGACAGCCCGGAUUGUCCCGCACCAGUCUGCGCUCAGUGCUUGUACCGGUGCGCGUCGUGGUGGCAACUGGUCUGCCACAUGGAGUCGACCCAUGGCUUGGUGCUUUACCAGCACGCCCCAACUCUCGCUCAGAUAAAUAACAGUAUCCUCAACAAUAACAACAACAACAAUAACUCAUUCCUUGUCAACGAGAGCGACGACGGAGACAACGCGGGCUGUGCUUCGAAUCACGAUGACAUGAGCGAGGAAAGUAGCGACAUCCAGGGCAUCAACUGUCUCAGCGAAAACAUUUUGGAGAAACAAGCGACCAGUAGCGACCCCGGAUCCUUCUUGGAACAAGUGGAGCUCGACAAACUCCCUCUAGAACUGAGUCAACCGAAGGAUUCGGAAGUUUCGACCGAAGACGGUGAAUCCUGAGCGAAUUGUUUAUUUUUAGUAUUGCAAUUGAGUCUCAAAUCUCCAGGGGAAGAGUAAACCCAAAAGUUGAUGGUGACGUCCGCUUCCGUCAACUGAAAUUCGGUCGACGUCAUCGGGAAACUCAUUCGUUGAGCGGCAGGAGUCGAACUCGCUGUCAAUGCUCUUCAAAAGCUGCUCCUGAUAGUGAUGA